AUGGCCGGGCCCCCCAAGCCCCCAUCCGAUUCUCGACUCUCACCCCUUUUCCCCACCCCUAUGGGCACUGCUGUUGGAAGAAGCCGCAGCCCCGAGCAGCCGUUCCUUCCCACGCUAUCAUGCUGCGACCUGUCCGUUGGGCCGCCUCACUGUCUUCCUCAUUGCACCUUUGCAUAUUUGGAGGUUUCAGAUCAUGGCAGCCGUGCCUUCCGCUUGCACUCACUCCCCCCAUCCAAGGGCGUCACCAUCCUUCUCUCUCCUCUGUCAGGACUCAAACUCGGCCUCUUCGUCAAACACCGUCAUGAUGGGACGAUUCGGUGCUUCCGCGAGAUCAUCCUCCCAUCUGCAAAGCUCCUGACGAUGCUGGUGCGCACUGGGCAAUGAACGCCUCUGUUACACGCGAUAUUCCUCUCUCCACUGCCGUUUCCUGUCUGUCGCAGCUGCAGGAACCGGUUGGAGCUUGUGCAGUGUUUGUCGGCCUGCUUCCUCCCAGGGACACCGAGAGCACUCCCGGGGCGCUGCGGCUAUCAGACCAGCCGUUUACCUCAGCUUCCAUCUUCCAUUUGGGCAGUGCAGAUGUGGAGGAGCUGGACAGAGAUGGUGCCGAGUGGAGGACCAAGGCCAGAGGCAUCGAUAAGUGGCUGCCUGAGCGGCUGCCUGAGGACACACUCGAGUUGGCGGAAAGGUGUUGGGCCGAGUGUGUGGAGGCUGCAGCCAAGCCUGACGCCGUCAAAAUGCUCCUCCUACUCAGGUAA